AUGCUAUCGUCACCGCCGCCGGCGGCGGCGGCACCACGAAGCCGUCGAUCCAAGAAAAAGACACGGACGUACCACGUGUCGGUGUUCUGGUUCACGCCGGUCCCGCUGCCAGAGAGGGACUGGGCGGAGCUGCACCCGGACCUGAUCUCCUGCAUCCUCCACAAGCUGGACCAGGCCGAGCUCCUGCUCGGCGGCGUGGCGGGCGUGUGCCGCUCCUGGCGGCGGGCCGCCCGGGAAGAGCCGGAGUUGUGGCGCUGCAUCGACCUGCGCGGCGGCCUGUGGUUCGUACCGCCGUUCCACCCCAAGUUCAGCCUCGAGGCCAUGGUGCGGGCCGCCCUGCGGCUUAGCCAGGGCCAGUGCGAGGCCUUCCUGACCAACCUCGCCGACGACGAUAUCCUCCUCUUGCUCGCCAAGCAGGCACCUGCACUAAAGUGCCUCCAUCUCCAUAGGUGCUAUGUCUCCGAUGAAGGAUUUGCGGCGGUGAUUAAGAUGUUACCUCUACUUGAGGAGCUCGAGAUUUCGAAAUGUCCGCAAAUAUAUAGUAGGGAGGUAUAUGAACUUGUCGCUACAGCAUGCCCACUGCUAAAGCACUUCAGACAUGUCUCGGGAAAGAACUGCCAUGCUGGUUAUGCGAUAACAUUUGCGGCUCCAAGGAUGCGCAAACUACGUUCCUUGGAUGUUGUCGGUUGCACCUUCGGUAGGGAAGUUCUGCUAUCUAUCCUAGACAAUUGCCAUGACCUAGAGUACCUUAACAUGUCAGUGUGCGACCCUAUUGCCAUUGAUAACCCACCAGAAAAUCUUGCCUGGAUGAGCAUGGAUGACCUUUAUUGGUACUGGAGCAACUAUUACGAUGACUAUACUGGUUGUAACUGCUGCCAUCCCUACAAGCCCAGAUGUAACUACUGUCGUACCUGGUCAUAUCCGCAUUACCAAGACGAUCCCUAUUAUGAUUACUGCUACUACCUUGGUGACGGUGAUGAUGUUAAUGAUGCCAAUCUCGAAGAAUAUGAGAAUAUCCUUGACAUCAAGAGCAUGCGUAGGUACUUAAGCUAA